UGUUACGAGAUUAUUGUUCCUGCCCUUUUCUUUCUUCCUUCCGCCUCGUUUUCCUUUCCCUUCCUCGAGAAAACGGCCUGCCGCCGAGGGGCUCCUUUAGAACCAGAGAUCUUCGAGGAGCCUCUGCAGCUGCGACUAUAGCUAGCAGAAGUUAAGGUUCUAGCUCCGACAGCGGGAAAAGGCUCGAGGAGGAGGAGGAGGAGGAGACUUGGGAAGAAGGAAAAGGGGAGCAUGGAGAAGUACGAGGUGGUGCGCGACAUCGGAUCGGGGAACUUUGGAGUGGCCAAGCUGAUGCGGAACAAGGAGACUAGAGAGCUUGUCGCCAUGAAGUACAUCGAAAGGGGCCAGCGGAUUGACGAGAACGUGGCGAGGGAGAUCAUGAACCACCGCUCGCUUCGCCAUCCCAACAUCAUCCGCUUCAAGGAGGUCGUGCUGACGCCAACGCAUCUGGCGAUUGUGAUGGAGUAUGCGGCCGGCGGCGAGCUAUUUGAGCGAAUCUGCGACGCCGGAAGGUUCAGCGAGGACGAGGCGCGGUAUUUCUUCCAGCAGCUCAUCUCCGGCGUCUGUUACUGUCACGACCGGCAAAUCUGCCACCGCGACUUGAAGCUGGAGAACACUCUGCUCGAUGGGAGCCCUGCUCCGCGACUCAAGAUCUGCGAUUUCGGCUAUUCCAAGUCGUCCCUGCUGCACUCGAGGCCCAAGUCGACGGUUGGAACGCCGGCGUACAUUGCCCCGGAGGUCCUCUCUCGCCGCGAGUACGACGGCAAGCAAGCAGAUAUUUGGUCAUGCGGAGUAACUCUUUAUGUGAUGCUUGUGGGAGCCUACCCAUUUGAAGACCAAAGAGAUCCUAAAAACUUCAGGAAGACAAUUGGGAGGAUAAUGUCUGUUCAGUAUAAAAUACCAGACUAUGCGCAUGUAUCGCAAGAUUGCAAGCAACUCAUCUCCCGCAUAUUUGUUGCCAAUCCAAUGAGGAGAAUUACCAUAAAGGAAAUAAAAAGCCACCCUUGGUUCCUGAAGAACUUACCGAGGGAGCUUACUGAGCCUGCACAAGCAGUGUACUACAAGAGGGACAACAAUGCUCCAACAUACUCCACACAGAGCGUGGAUGAGAUUAUGGAGAUAUUAUCGGAAGCUAGGACGGUGUUGAAACCAUCUCGAUCAAUCCCUGGCUUUGGCUGGCCUGAGGAAGAGUCGGAAGACGAAGACAAGGAGAAGCCAGAGGAAAAUGAUGAUGACGAAGAAGAAGAAGAUGAUGAUGAUGAAUAUGACAAGACGGUGAAGGCGGUUCAUGCUAGCGGAGAGUUCAAGGGUCAAUUGAACUAGUUGAACUAUUGAUCUUAUGUAAAUUAGAAUAUGAAACCAUUUUGCCUGCCAUUAUGCUAGCUGUAAUGUACUAUGGAUGAUUAUUUUGUUAAAGCCGCCCUGUAUUGGUGUGUGUUUAGCUAUGUGCUAUAAAGUAGAAGGAUUUUGUAAAUUAUUUAAGACAACAAAUUGGCUGCUUGAAGGGUAAGGAAAAGGUAAACUAAAUAAAGUUUAGGGAUUCAAUUC